AUGUCUGCCGUUGUGGAGAAGGUCACCGACGCCGUCCAGGACGUUACCAAUGCUCUGAGCAAUACCUCGAUCGCCGAGAAGGUCACCGACAACAAGCCUGCCGCCGCCAACAAUGACGCCGUCCUCGCCAGCGCUGCUGAGGGACGCCGUCUCUACAUCGGCAACCUGGCCUAUGCGACGACCGAGGGGGAACUGAAGGAGUUCUUCAAGGGUUACCUUGUCGAGUCCGUCUCCAUUCCCAAGAACCCCCGCACCGACCGUCCCGUUGGCUACGCCUUCGUCGACCUCUCUACCCCUACUGAGGCCGAGCGCGCCAUCUCUGAGCUGUCCGGCAAGGAGAUCCUGGAGCGCAAGGUUUCCGUCCAGCUCGCUCGCAAGCCCGAGCCUGCCGGCGAGAAGGCUGACGCCGCCAACGGUGAGGGUGCCGGCGAGGGCAACCGCCGCCGCCCCUCUGGCCGCGGCCGUGGCCGCGGCCGUGGUGGUCGUGGUGCCCGCAACGGUCGCGAUGGUAACCAGGAGGAGGGUGCCGAGGCCGCUGCCGCCCCUGCUGAGGCUGCCGCUCCUGCCCCUGCUGAGGCUCAACCCCUUGGCGACGUUACCAACAAGGACGUCGCCGCCGACUCGGCCAAGAACAAGGAGUCCCGCCCUCCUCGUGAGCGCCGGGAGCGUGGCCCUCCCGCCGACGGCGUUGCCUCCAAGACUAAGGUCAUGGUCGCCAACCUGCCUUACGACCUGACCGAAGAGAAGCUUAAGGAGCUUUUUGAGGCCUACUCGCCCUCUUCCGCCAAGAUCGCCCUUCGCCCCAUCCCCCGCUUCAUGAUCAAGAAGCUCCAGGCCCGCGGUGAGCCCCGCAAGGGCCGUGGCUUCGGCUUCGUUACCCUCGCCUCCGAGGAGCUCCAGCAGAAGGCCGUCAGCGAGAUGAACGGCAAGGAGAUUGAGGGCCGUGAGAUCGCCGUCAAGGUUGCCAUCGACAGCCCUGACAAGACUGAUGAGGAGGCCAACUCUCCCGAGGAGAAGGCCAACGGUGCUGAGGAGGGCGCCCCCGCUGCGGCCCCCACCGAGGCUCCCGCUACCACCGCCGUCACGGCGACCGAUGCCGCCCCUGCAGUCCCCGCCACUGCUGCCGGCGCUACUACCACUGCUUAA